AUGGAUGCCAGAAUGGGAGCAGCUACGAAAUUGCCCGAAGCGUUAGAAAGGGAUUUGAUUACUGUCAUCGACUACAUGGCAUCAAAGGCCAUACCGAUGACAAUAAAUCAAAUCAUGCUACAGGCAUGGGUACUUGAUAAGAAGUGCGAUGGAAAAAAGUUUGGCGUGAACGGCCCAAGUUACAACUGGUGGAUUCGAUUUAGAAAGGCAUAUCCAGAGACUGCCCUCAAGCUGAGGAGGCCCGAUAGGCUAGACAGGGCAAGGAUCACAAGCUCAACGGUAGACAAUCUCCGGGAGUACUUCCAGCUUCUAAAGGGCAUUUUGCAUCAGUAUAAUUUAAUGGACAAGCCCGAGAGGAUCUACAACGCUGAUGAAACGAUGGUAGAUCUGAACAAAUCAACGCAGAGGGUGGUGGUGCCUUCAAGACACAGGCAUGCUCAUUCAACGACUGUGGCUGGAAGCCAGCAUGUUUCAAUGAUGUGUUGUGUUUCUGCAUCAGGUGCAGUUAUGCCACCUAAUAUUAUAUUCAAGGAUGCUUUCCCAGGUGGAGACUAUACGAGAGACGGGCCUGACAACUGUCUAUACUCCAAGUCGGACAGCGGGUUCAUUGACGGGGAGUUGAUGAGAGGCUGGUUUCAAAAAGUAUUCCUCAAACACUACCCACAGGACCGAAGUGAAGAUAACCCAGUGCUACUGAUUCAAGACGGCCACGCCUCGCAUCAUGACCCGCUGCUCAUCCUCAUACAAGUCCUUAAAGAGUAA